AUGACAGCUUCGUCUCCCCGUUUUGUAGACCUACCAUGGGAGAUUCGAUCUAAAAUAUGGGAGUACACGGCCGAGCCACGCACAGUCGACGUCAACAUCACCCGCUCCAACAAGCCAGUCACCGACGAACUGAGAGCCAAAUUCAAUUUUGGUUGCGAGCAUGCGGAUCCCUUCUGGAUUACCAUCACCCGAUUUCGGUCACCCACCCCUGUGCCUGCGGCCCUGCACGCCUGUCGAGAAGCGCGCAAUCACCUUACGACAAAGGAUGGUGGUGGGUUGGGGCACUAUCACAAGGUCUUCCACCAACUCUGCCCCGCGUCGUUGGGAGUAUUUCCAGGCACCCUACCACUGCACAACCCGGACUUCCGGCUUUUCCUGGGCGUGGACCCGGAAUCGGAGUCGGCACGUUACAUCUGGGUGAACUUCGAAGUCGACCUGAUCAACAUUGGGAAAACCCCUUUCGACGAGUUUCCGCGGUUAUUCAAACACAGCAUCAGACGGCUCAAGUUCGAGAACGCAUACGACGACAACUUUGCGUACUACAGCGGUCUCGAACACUGGACCAACCUCCAAGAGAUCCAGAUCGUCUGCACGGACGGGAUACAUGCAGAGAAGUGGGCGUCGCUGGAAGAUGAGUGGUGUCUCUGGACGACAAGAAACGUCUUGCUGAUCGAUGGCAAAACCAGAAAAACCGGAACCGGAACCGGAACCGGAACCGGAACGGGGGGCGAGGCCGACGAGACGGUGAUGAUAUCUUACUCCGACUUGGCUGCUAGGUUUGAUCUGGCUGGGCUGCGGGCAGCCAGGUACAGGAAACGAGGAGCAAGAAUUAACCCUGACACUCAUAUGCCGUUGGUACCUUGGUUCCCGCCGGGGUGGCUGGAAGGAGAGCACAUGAUUGAUCUUGAGUACUACUACGAGAAUGGCGAGGAAGAGUUCAAAGAGCGGGUUCUUGAGCCUCUGUCGGAUGAUUGGUAUGAAUAUUCAGAUCUGGAAUCAGACACGGAUUAG